AUGAAAGUAGAAGAAAGAGAGUAUAUAAAAAAGUAUUGGGUAGGACUUAUGGAUGGAGUUGGUAGUAUAGAAGUAAAUCAUUAUCGUAUGAAAAAUUUACAAUAUAGAUUAGUAUUAAAUGUAAAUGAUAGUAGUGAAAAUAUGGCUAUGUUACUAAAGAUUCAACAAGUAAUUGGAGGUUAUCUUAUUAAAAGAAAAGAGAAAGCUUUAAUAGCCUGGACGAUUAAUAAUAAAAUGCAAAUAGAAGAUGUGAUAAAAAUUUUCGAAGAUUAUAAUUUAGUAACAGUUCGAAAAAGAAAUCAAUUGCAAUUUUUAAAAGAAAAUUUAAAAAGAAAUGAUGUGAACUGGUACCUUUCUGAAAGAAAGAAUAAAUAUAAAAAAUCACUUAUAGUUUCGAAUAUUGAAGAAAUAAGCUAUUUCAAUGAAUGGUUUAGUGGCUUUGUAGAAGCAACAGGUUCAUUUUGUAUAAGAGCACAAAAAGAGAAGUAUUUUAGAAUAGCACAUCGAUAUGAUAUGCCUUUAUUAUUAAAUUUAAUAAUAAAAUUUAAUAUAACAACAAAAUUAAGAGAGCAAAAGAAUGAGCAAUAUGCCAUUGAAAUUUAUAAAAAAACGUUAUUAGAAGUUUUAAUUACACAUUUUGAGAAAUACCCAUUAUUAGGAGAUAAAAAAAAUUCUUUAGAAACUUUCAAAACCCGAUAA